CCAGCCUGUUAUUGACAUGGCAUGAUUUUUGUCGACUGUGGAAGAGGAAGAUAGAAGCAGGAAAUCACAGGCUAGCGCGCUUCUCUUCCCGCCAAAUCUUCGUGUGACCGUUCGAAUUUAACAGCUUGAAAAAUGUCUAACAUGACUGUGUUUUCCUUGUCUUCCCUUGUGAGAAAAUCUGCUCUACUACCUGCAAUUUCCCAAGCUAAGCAAACCCAUGCCCAAAUACUCUUUCAUGGCUUCCUUACCAACGUGACCCUUCAAACCGAUCUCUUACUGGCCUAUUCUAAAUGCGGCUUUCUCCAAGACGCUCGCCGAGUCUUCGACAAUAUGUCUGAGAGGAAUAUGCAUUCUUGGAACAUCUUGCUCGCUUCAUAUGCUAAUAAUUUUCUUUAUUCGGAUGCUAUUCAUGUUUUCCUUGAGUUUCUUAAAAUGGAUAUUCGACCUGAUCAUUAUACGUUUCCUCCUGUAUUUAAGGCAUGUGCUGGAAUCGGAGAUGCUUAUCUGGGUAAGAUGCUUCAUGGUUGGGUGGUUAGGCUUGGAUUUGAGCAAUACAUUGUUGUGGGAAGUUCAAUUUUGGAUUUUCAUUUAAAAUGUGGGAAUUUAGUUGAUGCAAGGUGUGUAUUUUCAAAUAUGUCGUCUAAAGAUUCUGCUGUUUGGAAUUCGAUGAUUUCUGGUUCUGGUAGGGCUGGCUUUUAUGCGGAUGCUUUAAAUUAUUUCAGAGGCAUGCUUAAUGAAGGGAAGAAGAUGGACUCUAUGACGAUUCCUAGCAUUUUGAAUGCUUGCGGAGGGGAAGGAGACUUGAUAAAAGGGAAGGAAAUUCAUGGGCAAGUAGUUAAAAGUUUCAUAUUUGAUGGAGAUGUUGCAAUUGGUAAUUCAUUGAUUGAUAUGUAUGCAAAGUGUGGAUGCUUGCAUGACUCAGAAAAGGUUUUCAGGAACGUGCGUGAGCUGAAUUUGAUAACUUGGACCACAAUGAUAUCUUGUUGUGGUGUUCAUGGGAAAGGAGAGGACUCGCUGGCUUUGUUUAAGAAAAUGAGAGAUUGUGGGUUUAAACCUAACUGUGUCACACUAACAGCAGUUCUGUCUAGUUGCAGCCACUCAGGUCUUAUUGAUCAAGGUCGGAGGAUUUUUGACUCAAUAAGUUUUGAUUAUGGAUUGGAACCCAGUGUAGAGCACUAUGCUUGUAUGGUAGAUCUUUUAGGUCGUUUUGGCUAUCUAGAGGAGGCGCUUGCAUUGGUUAAAAAUAUGAAGCCGGCGCCAACAGCAAGUGUUUGGGGUGCCCUACUUGCAGGUUGCAUGAUGCACAAGAAUGUUGAAAUUGGAGAAAUUGCAGCUCUUCAGCUCUUUGAAUUGGAGCCUACAAACUGUAGCAACUACAUAGCUUUGUGCAGUAUCUAUGAUUCUCUUAGCAUACGGGAUGGUGUGUCACUAAUCAGAGCAAAGAUGAGGAAAUUAGGUUUGGUUAAAACUCCUGGUUGUAGCUGGAUAACCAUUCAAGGAACAAUCCGUAAGUUCUAUCAAGGGGACCAUUCUCAUCCUCAAAGUCUGGAGUUACACGAAAUUUUCAAUAAGAUAAUACAGGCAUCAGUAUGACCUGGUGAUUGUGGACUGGGAAACUGCCUCUAAGUACAACCGUAGGUUGCUAAUUCAAUGUUCUUUGCAACAUGACUAUUACCAUAUUUAAUGUCUCUACCUGUUAUCGGGGUUGGGAAUACUGCCAAAUCUCUUUAGUUGCAUAAUGCACUGCUGGAGGCUUCUUUCAAUUUAUGCAAACACAAUUUGCACGUCAGCAUGAUGCAUGAAUACAAAUAUACAAGCUAUCAGACGAUCUAUACAUUGAAAGUCGGCUAGGCUCUGGACUUUCAGACCCCUCCUUUCAUGGCAAACUCCUUAACCUGCCCAGAGAUACCAUAUUAUUAUUAUUAUUUUAAGAAGAAUCCUUUACCUUUUAGGGCAUUCAUUCGUUCACAGCUUAUUUGCUUGAAUGCCAGGUCUUGUCCUGCCAAUUUCUUACCUUCUGGCAAGUGGCUUGUACUACUUCGCAUUCCUGAUGGCCUUUUGCUCAAGAUGGUAAUGAAUAGACCCAGAAGAGGAUGCUGCCGCUUUAAUAGCUUGAAGAUGAUCCUCUGCAGAUUUAAAAUGCAGACCAUCCCUCAUUUUUCAUGAUCUCUUCCUCAAUGGGCAUGUCCUCUUUGAUCAAUUAAACCUUAACUCACUUGCCAUUUGGGCCUCGUAUGAUGGCUUCCUGGACCUUUCUAUGUUCUUCAAUAAUUAUUAUCUCAGUUUUCCAAACGGUUCCUUUCUUUCUGUUCUUAAUGAAGCAGCACAGAACAACUAAAAGGAAUGCAAGAAAGAAUGGACCACCAAGUGAGACGAAGACAACUACAAUAAAAUUUGAAUGGCGUCCUGGUGGAGGUGGAACAAGAUCGAGGUGGUGAUGGAGAGAUAUGAUGAGGUGAUGGUGUCACAGUUGGUGAAGGAGGCGAGAUUGAAUGACGGGGUGGUUUUGCUUCUGGAGGUUGGUGGGUAGAAAGAAUGAUGGGGUGGUGUUGCCCAUUGUGGUGCAAUGGGUCCGCGGGAUGGGGUUGCCUUUGGAGGGGAUGGAUUACCAUGAGAUGGUGCUGCCUUUGGAGUAGAGGGAAAGUUAGGGGGUGGGGCCACUUUUGGAGGUGUUGGAGAAUUAUGAAGAGCCGGUACUUUGGGAGGGAAUGGAGGGUAUUGGUGGGGAAAUGGUGAGGAAAAAACGGAAAUAAGUACUCUUCAAAUUUGUAAGAGCCAUUUCAAUGUUUAUGUAAGUAUAGAAUUGUGCUAGUAUUGGGGAAUGGGCAACUUGGCAUGUAUUCUACCUAUUCUCAGGCCUGAUUAACUGUUUUGAAUACUUCUAAUUUCUCAUUAAUUUUGACUCCAUGCAAGGAUUUUGCAGAAGUGUCAUUGAAUGUAU